GUCGGGGACCCCCGCGCGGGAGUGGCCGGGCGGCGGGGGCGGGGCGGGCAGCCCCCGCCCGCUCCCGGCGCGCGGAAACAUGGCGGCGGCGAGGGACUGAGCGGGCCGCGCGCGCCGCGCCGCAGAUUUCACCAUUUUGCUAAGGAGGAGCAGUUUCCCAUUUGGUGUAGCUGAUGAUACCAUGCAAAAAUCAGAUCCACGGAAAGUACUAGACUGGAAUGAUGUUAGAAAACACAAAUAUGGUGACCUAUCGGAGUCUGCGUCCCAAUAUCAAGAAGCUACUGACAUCUUGGAGCUAGGUCAUUUUACCUGGGACAAAUACCUAAAAGAAACAUGUUCGGUCCCAGCACCUGUGCAUUGCUUCAAGCAGUCCUACACACCUCCAAGCAACGAGUUCAAGAUCAGCAUGAAACUAGAAGCCCAGGACCCUAGGAACACCACCUCCACCUGUAUUGCCACGGUAGUCGGACUGACGGGCGCUCGCCUCCGUCUUCGCCUUGAUGGCAGUGACAAUAAGAAUGAUUUCUGGAGGCUGGUCGACUCAGCUGAAAUCCAGCCCAUUGGGAACUGUGAAAAGAAUGGGGGUAUGCUGCAGCCUCCUCUGGGAUUUCGGCUGAAUGCCUCUUCUUGGCCCAUGUUCCUUUUGAAGACGCUAAAUGGAGCAGAGAUGGCUCCCAUCAGAAUUUUUCACAAGGAACCACCAUCGCCUUCCCACAACUUCUUCAAAAUGGGAAUGAAGCUAGAAGCUGUGGACAGGAAGAACCCUCAUUUCAUUUGCCCAGCCACUAUUGGGGAGGUGCGGGGCUCAGAGGUGCUUGUCACUUUUGAUGGGUGGCGAGGGGCCUUUGACUACUGGUGCCGCUUCGACUCCCGGGACAUCUUCCCUGUGGGCUGGUGUUCCUUGACUGGAGACAACCUACAGCCGCCCGGCACUAAAGUUGUGAUUCCAAAGACUCCCUACCCUGCAUCUGAUGUGAGCGCUGAGAAGCCGAGCAUCCACAGCAGCACCAAAACUGUCUUGGAGCAUCAACCAGGGCAAAAGGGGAGUAAACCGGGAAAGAAGCGGGGCCGGACACCCAAGCCCCUAAUCCCCCAUCCCAUCUCUACCCCUUCCAAGUCAGCUGAAACUUUGAAAUUCUCAAAGAAGAGGGGUCCCAAACCUGGCAGUAAGAGGAAACCUCGGACUUUGCUGAACCCAGCACCCACCUCACCAACAACCAGCACCCCCGAACCGGACACCAGCACUGUGCCCCAAGAUGCUGCCACCAUCCCCAGCUCAGCCAUGCAGGCCCCCACAGUUUGUAUUUACUUGAACAAGAACGGCAGCACGGGCCCCCACCUAGAUAAGAAGAAGGUCCAGCAGCUCCCUGACCACUUUGGACCGGCCCGCGCCUCGGUGGUGUUGCAGCAGGCUGUCCAGGCUUGCAUCGACUGUGCUUAUCACCAGAAAACGGUCUUCAGCUUCCUCAAACAGGGCCACGGGGGUGAGGUGAUCUCAGCCGUGUUUGACCGGGAGCAGCACACCCUCAACCUCCCGGCAGUCAACAGCAUCACCUACGUGCUCCGCUUUCUGGAGAAACUCUGCCGCAACCUGCGAAGUGAGAAUCUGUUCGGCAACCAGCCCUUUAGCCAAACCCACUUGUCACUGUCCACCACAGAGUACAGCCACAGCCACGACAGGUACCUACCAGGUGAAAACUUUGUCCUGGGGAACAGUCUGGCCCGGUCACUGGAGCCACACUCAGACUCCAUGGACUCUACCUUGCACCCCACCAACCUCGUCGGCUCCUCCCAGAAUCUUCGAACCACUGGAUACAGGCCUCUGCUUCCGGCCUGCGGCCACCCACUGAGCUCCGCCUCAGCCGUGCGCCGGCUGUGCGCCAGGGGGUCCGACCGGUAUCUGGAAAGCCGGGACGCCUCUCGACUGAGUAGCCGGGACCCUUCCUCGUGGACAGUUGAGGACGUGAUGCAAUUUGUCCGGGACGCGGACCCUCAGCUCGGACCCCACGCCGACCUCUUCCGUAAACACGAGAUCGACGGCAAGGCCCUGCUGCUGCUGCGCAGUGACGUCAUGAUGAAAUACAUGGGGCUGAAGCUGGGGCCGGCGCUCAAGCUCUCCUACCACAUCGACCGGCUGAAGCAGGGCAAGUUCUGAGCGGGCGGCCCGGCCUGCCUGGCGCGGGCCCGCAGGCGGGGGGAGCCCCUGCCCGGGCGCCCCCCUCCCGGCCCGGGGAGCCCCUGCCCGGCGCGGGCCCGCAGGCGGGGGCGUCCCCCUCCCGGCCCGGGGAGCCCCUGCCCGCUUGGGCCUUGCAGGCGGGGGUCGUCCCCGUCCCGGCCCGGGGGGCCCUUGCCCGGCGCGGGCCCGCAGGCGGGGGCGUCCCCCUCCCGGCCCGGGGAGCCGGCCAGGGCGUCCUUCCGUGAAGGACGGAGGAGCCAAGCCGCGGGGCCCCGGGCCGGCGCCGCCCGCCCCCGCAGCCCUGCCGGGGCGCUGGGCCCCCCUGUAUUUACUCCUCGAGCCUGGCCGGCCGCUCUCCACGAGCCCAAGCAUCUUCCCAGCAACGGAGGACGGGGCUGACCCCAAAUGGAGCCAGCCCCGCAGUGGCCGGGAGCCUAGUCCCUGCUGCCGGGCUAGUAUGACCCCGACCCCAGCGCUCCCCACACUUCUGACUCAUGGUGCAAACCUCUACCUUUUUAGAAAAGAAAAAAAAGAAAAAAAAUCUUUUCUUAUUGCUAAUUUAUUGUUUCUGGCACUGGGGCAAGCCCCCGGCUGCUGCUCCUCUCCUUCCGGACACUGGCUCUCAGGAGCGGCCACCCCACAGAGACACGGUCCUUGUCACGGCCACUCCCGCAGCACCUUCUCUCUGGGGCGGCCCUGACCCCCGUGAAGCCUGGAACACCCCCGCACCCCCAUCAAAGUUGGGAGGCCUGGAUGCGGGCGCCCUUCCCCUUCCUUCCUCAAGGGGGCGCUCCCGCUGCCCCAGCCCCUCCCUGCCCAGCAGUGUGGAGGGAGGGGGUCUCCCGGCGGAGCCUGGUGGGCCACAUCCACUGUCCACACGCUUCCUAUGUAAGCAUGUCGGCCUCGGAGCCUCCCCUGCUGCGGUCGGGACUUAUUUUAUGUCGAUCUGUUUCUAAAUAAAAGACAACAUCGA